GUGACAGGUAUAUUGACCAAUCACUGGCGGUUGUGACUCCUCAGGUGGGCGUGGUCUAUUCUCUCCAGGAUAUGCAUGUUUAUUAUUUUCGUGUAUAAUCUCCACAGAGCAAAACGUGUGAAGAAGUAUCUUCUGUCCCACCCUGUGUGAGGAAUGGAUGCUACUCAGAUGAUCAGUGACUCAAUCUUGGAGUCAGAUGAAGAAGAAAAUGAAGAGGAGAAUGAAAACAAGAGGGGACGACCUUUGGCUAAACUGUGCAUCUUAAAGAAUGAACAUAUCCCUGAGACAGAGUUGCCCCUCUUUUUGGGAGAUAAUGUGCUGGGCCGUGACCCCAACACCUGCACCCUGCCUUUGCCAGCACCCUCGAUAUCCAAGCAGCACGCAACCAUCUGCAUCUCUGUCUACAGAAGAAGAGGUUGUCCCAGGGAAGUGGACACAGAGGCUUUGGUUUGGGACCUAGGGAGCAUGAACGGGACCCGCAAGGGCCACUUAAAGCUGAGUCCGAAUGUACGCUAUGCCCUCAGCGAACGUGACAGUUUGCUGGUGGCAGACAUCCCAUGUCAGUUUGUCAGCUGCGCUAUAGACACAGUCUCUUCUCAAGGGCACAUGAGGACUCCUGUGAGCAGAAAUUCAGGGGUAAAUGCCAGGUUGCCAGAUGCCUCGGGUGAAAACACAAGCACAGGCAGCAAGGAAUGUGUCAACGGAGGUACAAAGGCGAGGGUGUCAUUACCAAAUCAGGACAAAAGGAAGACUCCUGUCAGAACCAGUUGCCUCUCCUUUGAGCAAACUCCAACCCAGCCACCGGGGAGUCUGGUCCCAGAAUCUGACUUGGACUCAGACGGGGAAAGAGGAGACAGAAAGUGCAAGGCUCUAGUGUCCGAUUCUGACUCCCAUAAAUCAAGUCCCACCUGCUCAACAUUUCUGAGUCCCUCAAACAAAAUUGUCCCUGAGAGUGAGGAUGAAAGUCCCAUCACACCGUCCUCCUCCUCCUCCACUAAAAAUAGGCCUUACAGAUGUGCCACCUUCAGCAAGGAGGAGACAGACGUAGAUGUGGGGCGACAGCAGCUGAAGAAAGAAAAGGCACUUGCGAUUGUGGACGACAGUGAAGAGGAGGAAGAAAGAGCAGCAGCGGGAGGGAGAAAGUCUGAGAGAAGUGGACAACGUGUGCCAGUGAAACCGGAAAGCAAUGUCAGUCUUAAAGGAGAAGAUGAGUUGCCUGUAUCUACACCAGCCAUCUUCACUGGUGCAAUCCCUGCGUUUGACAUGGACAGUGACACUGAUAUGGAGGGAGAGGAGGAGGGUCUUGUGACCUUGAAUACAAACCAAAAAGCUGAUCAGCCACCAAACACAGCCCAGUUUCACAUGGACAGUGAUACAGAUGUCGAUGAGGAUGAGUAUGCCUUGGACAAAGUUGCCAAAUCUGUGCCUUCCUCUGCUGACCACACCAAACCUCCUCAUGUUAUUCAGCCAGAGAGCAUUACUAUGGACAGUGACACUGAUGUGGAUGAUGAUGAUGAUGAUGAUGCUGCUGUGUCAGACGCUGCUCCAAAAGCAAAACACACAGCUGACUCUGCUCCUUCAACGCAGCUGAAAGAUUUACACAUGGACAGUGACACUGAUGUGGAUGAUGAUGAUGAUGAUGAUGAUGAUGCUGCUGUGUCAGACACUGCUCCAAAAGCAAAACACACAGCUGACUCUGCUCCUUCAACGCAGCUGAAAGAUCUUAACCUGGACAGUGACACAGAUGUUGAUGAGGAAGAAGAAGAAAAGGAUCGUGGAACAAAUAAUGCACGCUCUAAAAUAGAUGAAACUCCCACUAGAUCCGACAUCAAGCCAGUUGCAGUUGCUGCGCCUCAUAGUCUGCAUCUAGACAGUGACACAGAUGAUGAAGCUAUUCCUGCCCCCGCCAUCGGUGAACCCUCGGUGGCGUCUGCUGUCUCAGAUGCAGAAACUGGUUUGGGUGUUCUGUCUGACAGCGACACAGAUGUGGAUGACGAUUAUGCUCUGGUCAUACCUGUCGCCGUCUCAACCUUGUCAGCCGGUCCUAGUACCAGGUCAGGAGCUCUUCAGUCAGGUUCUGAUGCUGACACAGAUGUUGAUGAAUCCAGCGUGCCUACUGCUGGGGACGGGGUCAUUCCACCCGACCUUAGAGUGGACGGUGACACAGAUGUGGAGGAUAAGAAAGAGGAUUUUGGAGAGGCAGGAGAGGGCCAGAUUCCAAGCCUGCAAAGAGAAAAUACACCUGGGUUGCUGGUUCCCCUUCAGCAGAACUGCUCCACUCCUGUACAGGUGUCAGAAGGAGGAUUGGAAGAUGUGGCAACUCAGGCUUUCCUGAGUCCCUCUUCAGGUCCUUUUAGAGGUGCAAUAGCCCCUGCUGCAAGACCUUUAGAAUUGUCCUCCUGCUCAGACAGCCAGGAGGAUGACUUUGUUCUGGACGAGACGCAGUCCUUCAUUCUUCAGGCCAGAGACUGCAACCCUCCAGAGGACCACACCAUGGAACCCACCCAAUCUUUCAGCCUUGAGUCUUCUAGUGAUGGAAAAGGCGAACAGUCCAGCAGAGGAGGAUCUUUCCAGCUGGGAUUGACUGACAGCAGCCGCCUGCAGGCUCAGGCCCAAGCCCUAGCCAUGGAGAGCACCCAAGCUUUUGUCUCUGUGGUGGGGGGUGUGAAUCUGGAAGAUACCCAAGCAUAUGCAGCCGUCUCAAAUGCAGACAGAACCUCCUUGGAGAAUGAUUCAAAUCUGGAGGAACCUGGCAGAUGUUCAGUAAUGUCUGCAAAAGAAGGUCAGGUAGAUUUGGCCCUAGAAGCAACACAGGCAUAUAUUUCAGAGCCCUGCAGUGAUUCAGAGGAUGAAACAGAUGAAGAUGAGAGAAAACACGCAGCUACUGCUGAGACUCAGCCUUUCCUCUUUGACACCUCAUCUACUCUUGCCGUGGCUGAAACCCAACCAAUGUCUGCCUUUGAGGAGGAGGAGGAGGAGAGUUUGGAUAAAGAGAAUCCUACUUCCUCUGUACUACAACAUGGGGAGGCAGCUCAACCUCAGAAGAGGCACCUGUCUGCAGCUCUGUCUGUAGCUGAAACUCAGCCCAUGCACAUAAGUGAGGAUGAGGAAAGUGAUGAUGAGGACUUGAUUCCAGGUCCACGAAAAAGAAAAGAAAAGCCACUGCAGCUGGAAGAGGAGCAGACACAGACGCUCACAAACUCUGACUUAUCACUUGUUGAAACUCAGCCCGUGCACACCGGUGUAGGUGAAACUCAGCCCAUGGCUACAAGUGGAAAUGAGGAAAGUGAUGAAGAGGACUCGAUUCCAGGUCCACGAAAAAGAAAAGCAAAGCAACUGCGGCUGGAAGACGAGCAGACACAAACACUCACAAACUCUGACUUAUCACUUGUUGAAACCCAGCCCGUGCACAUCGGUGCAGGUGAAUCUCAGCCAAUGGAUGCAGGUGAUGAUGGAGAAAGUGAUGAAGAGGACUCGAUUCCAGGUCCACGAAAAAGAAAAGCAAAGCAACUGCGGCUGGAAGACGAGCAGACACAAACACUCACAAACUCUGACUUAUCACUUGUUGAAACCCAGCCCGUGCACAUCGGUGCAGGUGAAUCUCAGCCAAUGGAUGCAGGUGAUGAUGGAGAAAGUGAUGAAGAGGACUCGAUUCCAGGUCCAAGAAAAAGGAGAGCAAAACCAUUGCAACUUGAAGAGGAGUCACAGCCCCUUACUAGUUCUGAAGUCUCUGCUGUUGAAACUCAGCCCAUGGGUGCAUGUGAAGGUGAGCAAAGUGAUGAAGAGGACUCAACUCCAGGUCCUAGAAAAAGAAAAGCAAAGCCACAGCGAAUUCAAGAAGAGGAGACACAACCGCUCACACAUUCUGAGGCGUCCACUGUUGAAACAAAAACUGGAAAAGGGAAACAAUCUGAAGCUGGAACCAGUGGCACCACUACUAGAGGUAGAAGAGGGACAAGGGCGAGAUUAAGAGAAGAGGAGGAGCAGGCAGAGUGUUCUGAACCUCCCAAGAGACAAACAAGAGGGAAGAAUAAAGUUUUGCCAACUACCAGAGGAGGGAGAGGAAAACCAAGGCCUGAUGAGGAGGAGAGUGAGGAAGAGGAGGAGGUAGAGCAGGCUAAACGAGCCAGAGGGAAAAAAUCCAUGAUGCAACAGAAAGAUAACGAGGAAAAAAGGCUUGCCACAGAAAGAAACAAGCACGCUGAAAAUAACAACCUAAUAAAGGAACAAGAAGACAAAUUAGAAAGGGAAAGGAAAGAGAAGGAAGAGCAAGAAAGAGUGCAGGCUGAAAAUGCAGAAAGGUUAAGACUUGAGCAAGAGAGAGCAGAAAAAGAGAGAAUAGAAAGAAAGGAGCAAGAAGAAAAGGAAAGAGCUGAUAAGGCACAAAAAGUAAAAGAGGAACAAUUGGAAAGGGAGAGAAAGGAGAAGGAAGAAAAAGAGAGAUUAGAUUGUGAAAAGGCAGAAAGAGAAGAGAAGGAGAGAAUAGAAAAUGAGAGAAAGGAGAAGGAGGAAAAAGAGAGAUUGGAGACAUCAAAGAGGGAACUAGAAGAGAGACUUGAGAGGGAGAGGAAGGAACAAGACCACCAGGCGAGACUGGAGAGGGAAGCAAAGGAAAAAGAAGAAAGAGAAGAGAAGGAGAGAAAGAAGAAGGAGGAAAAAGAGAGAUUACAGCGUGAAAAGGCAGAAAGAGAAGAGAAGGAGAGAAUAGAUAAUGAGAGAAAGGAGAAGGAGGAAAAAGAGAGAUUGGAGACAUCAAAGAGGGAACUAGAAGAGAGACUUGAGAGGGAGAGGAAGGAACAAGAACACCAGGCGAGACUAGAGAGGGAAGCAAAGGAAAAGGAAGAAAGAGAGAGAGUGGAGAAAGAUAAACAAGACAAAGAGGCCAAAGAAAAACAAAUAAAAGAGCAAGAAGAAAACAAGAAAACACCCGCAAGAAGUCGACGAGCAUCCAGAAGAACUAUUGCUGAACCGUGUACGACAGAGCCGGAAAGAGCCAUAUCAGCCGAGGAUGAUGUCCCAGCGAGGAGAACCAGAUCUCGCUCCAACUCCUCCAACUCCGUCAGCUCAGAGAGGUCUGCCUCAAGUGUGAGCACCCCGGGGAGCAGGGGGAGAGGCCGAGGAAGAGGAGUGAAGAGGACCAGUGGGCCGCCCCCAGCAGCCGUCGCCAGAAGCAGCAAUAGAAGGAGGACGGUGGCUGCAGGGCCAACACAACAGGACAGUAAUGAGGUUUCUCCUCAGGGAGUCCUGUCGAGGUCUAACUCCACCAACUCCCUCAACUCUGAGAUUUCCAUCUGUAGCGUGAGCUCUCAGAGCAGAGGAAGAGGAGGCAGGCUGCGAGGAAGAGGGAGGAAAACAGACUCCAUCCCUCCUAUCGAUAGUCAGAGGGACCAGAGUUUGACUCCCAAACCUACAGCCAGAGGCAGGAAGAGCAGGAAAGCAGAGGAAUCCUCUACUGAGGUUAAACAUGAGGAUGAUGAAAAAGAGAAGGCAGACUCUCAGCAGGCCAGUACCACAAGAGGGCGACGGAGAGCCAAUGCAAAUGGCUCUGAUCCUACUGCUGAUAAGGAAGACCCUUCAAGUCAGAAGUGUGCUACUGAAGAAUCACUUCUGCAUAAAAGGGGCAGAGGCCAAAAAGCAGUGAAGAGCGAGACUGUGGAGUCACCAGUCGCUCCUGCAACCAGUGAUGGAGACGAGGCUAAAGAGAAAAGAAAAGGAAGAAAAAGAGAAUUGGAGGCAAAUAGAGAAGAGGUUUCCAGCAGUAGCUCCAAGAUACCCAAAGGGAAGGAGAAAACCCAAACGACAGAGGCAGCAGAAGAAGGAAAAGGUGAAACAAAAGAUGAGAUUGGAGUCCAAGCUAAGAGAAGAGGAAGAGCAUCCAGCGCUCAAGCAAAGAAGAACGUAAAAGAACCCCCCACUGAAGUGGAGGUGAAAGAAGAGAGUGAGAAAAUGGAGGAGUGGGCUGUUGACAGGAGAGGCAGAGGUCGGACAUCGGUGGUCCUGAAAAAGAAGAAAGAGCAGCAGGAAGAUAGUGGAGCAUCUGUUGACCAGGAUCCACAUGUGGAGGCAUCAGAGCCCCAGACUCCGACCAACAGUGCAUCCCGGAAGCGACAGGCUCCUUUGGACUCCUCACCUGUGGCAAAGACCCCUCGCUCCUCUUCUGCUUCCCCGGCAUCUAGUGGUCGAUUACGAGCUGCCAGCCAGGCCUACAAGGUGCUGUUCACAGGCGUGGUGGAUGAAGACGGGGAGAGAGUGUUGGCUCGUUUGGGAGGCAGCAUGGCUAAAGGUGUAGCAGACAUGAACUAUCUGGUGACUGAUAAGGUGCGCAGGACUGUCAAGUUCCUGUGUGCGGUGGCUAAAGGAGUCCCCAUUGUCACCACACACUGGCUGGAAAAGAGUGGUAAGUCUGGGAGCUUCCUGUCUCCUAAUGCGUUUCUUGUGAAGGAUCCAGAGCAGGAGGAGAAGUUCAGUUUCUGUCUGCAGGAGUCUCUGAGGCUUGCCAGCAGUCAGCCUCUCCUACAGGGGUAUGAGAUCCAUGUUACAAAGUCAGUGAAACCAGAGCCAGUUUAUAUGAAAGACAUCAUCUCCUGCAGUGGAGCUACCUUUCUUCCCAAGAUGCCCUCCACUCACAAGCCUCAGACUGUAGUGAUUUCCUGCGAGGAGGACUGGCCGCUGUGUGGCCCGGCUCUCUCUGCAUCGCUGCCAGUCGUCACAGCUGAAUUCAUUCUCACAGGGAUCCUUCAGCAGAAACGUGACCUUCAGACCCACACGCUCUCUGCCCCUGCAAAUACUCUCCAACCUGCAGGGGGCAGGGGAAGGAGCAGGAAGAAGACUUAGCACCACCAGGGUUAGAGUAUACUGUGAAAAAUCACCGUCUGCAUGAAGGAAAGCUGCCACAGUGGGGUUUCCCAUCGCUCAUAGAUUCAGAGACUGAUAGAAACGUUAGUGAGUCAGCUGUUCGUCUGUAUGAAAGACUUGAAGAAUGUAUUGUAACACAUAGUGUAUGUAGUAUGGGUAUAAUUUUACAGUGUUAGCUGUCAAAUGUUUAAAUUUAACAUGUACAGCAUCCUGUUUUGCAAGCGAGCGAUGGAAGGAAACUUACCAAAAGACUUAUUUUAUGUUUGAAAAAGCUACUCCCAGUACAGUCUUUUCUUACAAUCUUACCUUUUGCCUUGUACAUGUGAGAAAAUUUAGUUUUUAAAGUUGCAAAUGCGAUGUUGCUGCUAUGCAGGGUGGGAAAUAAUAACCCAUCAAGCGUCCUUGUCACUCUUCCCCCCUCAUCCUCCUCUCUCUUUAUACAGCGAUAACAAGCAGAGCGGGAAUUAACGCUGCUACAGUAAAUUGCUGCUACUCUCUAUGCGUGCUAAGUGUUUGGGCUCAAUCAGCCAGUUUGGCAGGUAACCAGCCAUGAAGUGGGAGUUGUAUAAUCAUGUUUGGUUGGUGGUGGAGUAGUAGAACCAAUGGAGGGCUGUUUAUCAGCUACGAUCGCCAGUGGAUGAAAAAAAAGCUUGUUUCCUGUCCUGAUAAGUGCAUAGUGCCUUUUUAUAACGAGGUAAUCAUGAACCUACCAGUGUGUCUUGUUCCUCUCUCUCCAUUAACCACCACCACCUGCUCCAUUAAGGCUUCAUCCAAUCCUAUUACGUCCAGGAAUUAGACCCGAUAUACAGUAUAGGCACCUGAAUGCUGAUGGUGCUUCUACAUCUUCUAUAUCUUAUGGGCCAUACAUUGAUCUACUGUGUUUAUGUACACAUGUUAAAAAAGACCAAUGUACAGGACUCACAUUUGGUUUGACUCACAGUACAUCUUUGAACUUGAUGUAUCAUUUUGUGUUUUAAAGACGGACUCAUUAGCAUGUAACUAGGUUGAUUUUGUCAAAUAGCUAAUAACACCAAGUUGAGUAUCAAACCAUGAAAUCUGUCGCUAUUACCAGUGAAAACAUUAAAUCUUUUCUAUGUUAUGUUUA